ACAUACCGCUUGCCAUAGAUACAAAAUGUAAUUUUCAAUUCACUUCCAGUUUCCAGUUAGACUUUAGAUAUUUUCAAGUGUUUUGAGUUGAAUACAUACAUGAACGUGCAGUAGAGAGGUGAAAAAAUGUAAGAUGGCGACGCGGCGUCAGCUCGGUGUCUACAAUUUAUUUUCAGUUAGUUCUCUUCGAGCGUUUGCGCAGCCACACUGCGCUCCGUGAAACGUCUAGUUUUCUUUGUAGCGAGUAUGUCGUGAAGUGCAAUAACUUUUAUCGAAGACAAAAAGCUGAUUUGAUGACAUUAUCGCGUUGAGAAAAAAUGUGGUGUUGUGAUAAAGAUGGUAAUUACGGUAACUGACGGUUGAGUUACAGAUACAGUGCCCUUCGGAACGGUUAGUUUUCUGUGAAAUACUGGUUCAUGCUGAUAUAUAUGUAACUAUAUAUGGAAUACUAGAUGCAUAUGAUUAUGUGAAUAAGCGAGGAUACAUUGUAGUUGCGUGCAGUAGUUAAAGUUAUGGAACUGAAUCACCUCUCAUCACGAAAAAUGUCACGCGAAGAACGAAGAUACUCAAUUCCACAUGGUCCCAAUACACCAAUUCCACCAGCCGCAUCUGAAGACCUUCACGCGUGGUCUAUUUACAGAUCCACACAUUUCAGACAAAACCUCAAUUCUGAUUUCACCGAUUCGGCGCUUGGAUCAUCCGACAAAUCACCGUUGCCAUAUGGAAAUUUUCAAUUGCGAGAUACAACAGUUCAGUCGAUACUGAAUCAUCCACGAUAUGGACCAAAGUCACCGUUAGGUUCUAACAUGUAUGCCUACCUUAAAUUCGGUCUGCCACGAGUGUUUCCACCAAAUGCUGGGUCACAACGAUCUCACAGACCCGGUCCAGGACCUGGCGGACCAGGACGAGGUAGGAUUAAUCGAGGAUUUCGAGAUAGUACUGGACAUGGAGCAGGUUCAUCGGGUUAUGACAGCAGCGAUAAUGAGACACCAAGUAGAGCACCACAACAUUUAAGAAAAUACCGAAGCGAAUCCGAUUUUCGAGCCAUUGUAGGAAUUGGUGGAUCUCGACCAAGUUCGAGAGCAGCGCAUGGAAACAUUCCACUUUCUGCAUUACGACAAGCUAACAGUCGAGCAAGCAUAGCAGGAACUCAUGUAAAUCAUCAUCAUGUGCCAAAUGGAAAACACUACGGUCAUCGAUCACACAGUGAAGCUGAUCUCCUUGGUACCGACAUUGGUUACGACUAUGAAUCACGUAUUUAUGCCAGCUCGCGUGGUCGGGCAGAAACAGAAUUAACCGCAAAUCGACGUCAAUCGAGUGGUGGUUUAAUUUAUCCAAAUAUUCAAGUGCAUUGUUUAGAUGUGAGUCCAACCCUUAGGGGUGUAUCACUUCAAGCGAAAGCAGGAGAUUUGUUCGCCAUUAUGGCUACAUCACAUAGAGAAGGAACAGCUCUAACUGAAUGCCUGGCCGGCUUGACUAACAGAAUUGGCGGCGAGAUAUUAGUCAAUGGCCAGCAGAUCAACAAAUUUGGUCUGAAGGAGCUGUGCGGAUUCGUCCCGGCGCUAGAAAAUUCAUCCUUAGAUCUGCGAAUGAGCGUGCAAAGUACUCUCAAUUUCCAUGCAUCCUUACGUGGGCCGUACGACACUAGCGAUUUAAAGGAGAGGAUAAACAUGUUAAUAGAAGACCUGGGCUUAACAGCCGUAAGAACUGCAAACGUUUCGCGUUUGACCUACUCAGAGAAACAAAGACUUAGCGUAGCAUGUCAGCUACUGACUCAAGCCACAAUCUUGAUACUCGAUCAAGUCACAAGUAAAAUGGAUAUUUUCGAUACAUUUUUCUUAGUCGAAUACUUAAGGCAAUGGGCGAGCAGUGGACGAAUAGUCAUCAUGACCUUACAGCCACCCACUUUCGAAAUCUUAUCCAUGUGCACAUCCGUGCUAUUGCUUUCAGGCGGCAGAACAGUAUUUUCAGGAAGUAGAGCAGACCUGCCGCGACAUAUGGGCUCUUUGGGAUAUCCAUGUCCGCCAUUCAAAAAUCCAGCAGAUUAUUACCUGGAUCUUGUUACUUUGGAUGAUCUUUCGGCGGCCGCUAUGCUGGAAUCCUCGGCUCGAAUUGAAUCAUUGGCAACAUCGUGGGACCAAAUAAGCUCCGAACCACCUAUGGCCGCACCGCCAGCCAACUUACCGGCGUUCACAAUGCGGGCUGGAUUCUUCGGCCAAAUUGGUGCUUUGUUCAAGAGGUUCAUAGUGUACAAGCAGCCGGGAUCGUUGCUGUCGUGGAUCAGUAAGCUAAUCGCAGCAGCUGUGCUUUCGUUAUUUAUUGGAUGUAUAUUUUGGGAUGUGCCGGCGUCAGAUCCACAACUUAAUUUUAACGAUAGGUUAGGCUAUCACCAUUGCAUCAUGGCGAUUGCAUACUGGCCACUUCUAAUGUUGACAAUUCGUGAUGUCUAUGAAGAUAGGAAGUAUGCGGAACGAGAUAUUCGGCUGGGGUUGUAUUCGCGAUAUCUGUACAUUUGCAUUCAGUGUUUGUUGGGACUGUUCCCUAGCCUGUGUAUAUGGUUGGCGUACUUACUUCCUGCACAUAGUAUGGCUGGCCUUUAUUCUUACACAAAAAGCAGCGACACGGGCAUAUACCUGUAUAUGGGGUACAUGCUCCUCUACCUAACUGUCAUACAGACCUUGACUUUGUUCAGCACGAAUUUCAUGCCGACGAAGAUAUCAUCAACAGUAUUCGCAACAUUAGCAUCAAUUGGUCUACUGACGGUCGGAGGUUACACAGUGCAUCCGCGUGAUUUGUCCAGAUACUGGUCAUGGUCACAAAUCAUAUCACCGGAGAAAUGGCUACUACCGGUUCUUGUUGCAGAUGAGUUCAGCAACGAAACUCUAGCCAAGGCUGCAUCAAUUCAACCGUGCAGAAAUAAGCAGAUACAGCGCUAUGAGAUCAUUGUUCAGCAACCAUGCCCCGUUCCGAAUGGGACCCUGGUACUGGCCGACUUUAAGCUUCUUCCACAAGAUCACAUUCUCGAUACGCAUGAUAUGGUCGAGAGUUCAGUAAUAGCUUUAGUUUUAGGAGCAGUUAUCCUCUUCAUGUUAACAUUCAUUGUCUUCGUAUUUAACUGUCGGAGGAUCUUCAAGAAGGAGAAGAAAUCUUAAGUAACUCAACAAUCUAUAUAUUCCCUCAUGAUGGCGCUAUUACAUUAGUAUAUCCACACGACAUCGUUAGGUAGCUGUUUUUAAAUAAUUCACAUUCAUUGUAAAAUAAAAUCGUAAUUAAUAGAUAUACGUACGUACAAAGUAUAGAUUUACAUAUUAAACCCGUAAUGAAAUGGUAGCUAUUAUUUUUAUAUCGUGCUCUAAUCAAACGUGCAUUAUUUUGUUAAACAUAUUAUUAAGAUGUAAAUGAAAAAUAAAGGAACUAACUGUUGCAGCAAUACAAACA